AUGCAAGAUGAUGAUGUCAUCUUGUAGGACCAAAGAGAGACAGAGGGAGAGGGGGUCUCAAAGUUCACUAUUUCUCUCACUUUAUCCAUUACAGAUGGCAUCUCGUUUGCUUCAAAAGACUCUUUCAAAAACACCUGUUCGUCAAGCUAUUCGUGGCUAUGCUUCUGAAUCCAAGCAAGCUACUCACCACUUUCCUCAAGAAUCCUUCAGUGGUAGUGCCUGGAGAAACGGUGUAAUUGCUGUUGUUGCUGGCCUUGUUUGGUACAGAGUCGAUCAACACAUUACUCAUUCUGGCGAUGACAAGCACCCUUUCACUCGUUGGAUUGAAUAUCGUAUGAUGACUACUGCUGAAGAUAACGACAAGAUCAACCAAACCAACUUGGCUGGUGCUGAAGCUGCUGCUGAAUACAAGUAAUGGACAAGAGAGGAUAAAUAGAACAUACUGACAUAUGUUGGAUAGAUUGCUUUAUCAAGAUGCUCAACGUUCACCCAUCUAUCGUAUGAGAUACCCAGAGUAAGUGAUUAGUAGACAAGCGUAUGUACUAACUCAGUACUAGGUCAUUUGAACGCGCUAGUCCUCGUUGCAUCACUGCUGGUUCUCAAGUUGAUUUGUCUGAUCUUAAGAUUAGAUCUGAUUAGAAACAAUAAAGAAAAAAAAGAGAAGGGCUUUUAUUUUCUUUGAGUAUAUUAAAGUAUGUUCAUAUUGUUAUCAUGAAUCCCCC